AUGAGAAACGCUUGCCUGUGGGUUUUCCUGCUAAACAGACUUUUAUUUUUUUACAGUCUAUGGAUUUCUGCAGUGUACUGUACUUUCUCGAGGAAUUGUCAGAACUUAUGUACAAGUAUCCUGGAAGGAGAAUUUGGAAUUAAUAACCUCUGUAAUGUUAGUGACAUUGCUGGAGCUUGCACACAGGGAUGUCAGUUUUGGAAUGCAAUGGUGCAAAUCAAUUGUCCACUGAAAUGUAAUGAGACAUACACCAGAGCAUGUGAGACAAUUUCCUGUAAGUUUGGCUGCAGCCGUGCAGAGGAUGCAUAUGGAGCUGAAGCACAAAACUACUUGAACAAGCCUAGAGCACCAUUUGCAUCUGCCAUUGGAAGCCACAGUGUCACAUUAGGGUGGAAGCCAGCUAAUAUCUCUGGGGUGAAAUAUAUUAUCCAGUGGAAGUACAGUCAGCUCCCUGGAGACUGGAGGUACACAGAGGUAAUCUCUGAAACUUCAUAUACAGUCAAAGACCUUCAAGCCUUCACAGAAUAUGUGUUUCGAGUAGUUUGGAUCAUUACAUCUCAGCUGCAGCUCCAUUCUCCAUCUAGUCCCAGCUACCGGACACGUGCUUUUGGAGCUCCUGCAACAGCUCCUGUCAUUAAAGAUAUUCAGAGUUCAAGUCCAAACACUGUUGAAGUUAGUUGGUCUCCACCACUUUUUCCAAAUGGAUUGAUUAUUGGAUACAACUUGCUCCUGACCAGUGCAAACCAUGAAUUGUUAAGAGCCUCAAGGGGGCACAGCUUUCAGUUCUACUCCACCUUCCCAAACACCACUUACAGGUUCAGUAUUGUGGCAGUUAAUGAGGUUGGUGCUGGACCCCCUGCCGAAGCCAACAUCACAACUCCAGCAUCCAAAGUUAAGGAAAAAGCAACAUGGCUCUUCCUAUCCAGAAAAGAGUCUUUGAGGAAGAGAUACACAGAAUAUUUCCUUGCAGCUGCUCAGUGCCUGCCAGACGAUAUUAUACACCACCACAUUACAGGAAUUUCUGUGAAUAUUUAUCAGCAAGUUGUCUAUUUUUCUGAGGGGAAUUCCAUCUGGGUGAAAGGAGUUGCAAAUAUGUCUGAUGUAUCUGACCUGAUGCUCUUUUAUGCUGGCUGGGGGAAUAUUACGUCCAUCUCAGUAGACUGGCUCUACCACAGAAUGUACUUUGUCAUGAAUGAAAAGAUACAUGUCUGCCAUUUAGAGAACUGCACGGUAGCUGAAGACAUCACUCCUCUUUAUGUGACAUCUCCUAGGAAGGUUAUAGCUGAUCCCUAUAAUGGUUAUAUUUUCUGUCUCCUGGAGGAUGGCAUAUACAGAGCAAACCUUCCACUCUUUCCUGGCACUGCCUCCACAGCUUCACCAGUAGUGAGAUCCAGUUCUCUGAGAACCUUCAUGAUCAACUUCCAAUCUAAGAGACUCAUUUUCUUCAACAAAACAGAACGUGCCUUUGUGUCAGGUUUUCUUGAUGGUUCAGAAUUUCACAUACUGCGAUCACAAGUGCCAUUUAAUGAUGUGGAGAGCUUUGUUUAUGAGGAUAACACAUUUACAGUCACAGAUGGCUCUGCGGUUUUCCACGAGGAGGUCUCUCCAGGAAGUUCUAGCUUCAAUGAGUAUACUGUGGAUUGCAGUUUGGUGUAUCCAGAAUACUUUGGCUUUGGCAACUUGAUUUUCUAUGGGGCAUCAGCUCAACCUUUUCCUUUACCAACUACACCUCGUCUUGUCAUGGUGUUAUUUGGAUUGGACCAAGCUGUGAUCAGCUGGAGACCACCUGAACACAGUAUUGGAACCAGUUUAUCUGCUUGGCAGAAAUGGACCUAUGAUGUGAAAGUGUCACCUCAACACCCGUUUGAGGAGAAAUGGGUUGUCUCGAAUAUUAGUAAAACGAGGCUCACAGUGAAGGGUCUGACCAGCUUCAGGGUGUAUGAAGUGUCAGUUAGAGCUGUGUCUCCUGCUGGUGCAGGGCCGUGGUCAGAGUCAUUUAGAGGCACAACUUUGGAAGAAGCUGAAGAAGAUCCAUAUAUUUUGGCAGUGGGGCCUGAAGGUCUCUGGAAGCAGCGAUUGGAUAGUUAUGGGCCAGGAGAACUCCUCUAUCCUCAUAUAGGAAACAUUUCAGACCUCGAUUGGUAUAAUAAUACUCUUUAUUGGAUUAAUUCCAUGGGGGAAGUUCAGACUUGGUCGUUGAACAAAAGAAAGGGUACCACUGAGAAUACUUAUGUACCUGAUGUCAGAGAUGCAAGGAUGUUGGCGUUUGAUUGGUUGGGUCAAUGCUUGUAUUGGGCUGGCAAAGCAAAUACAAUAUACAGAAAAUCACUGGGUGGGGGCCAUAUGGAUGUUGUGGCUCAUGUCAUGCUCCCAGUGAAGGAUCUAGUGGUGGAUUCAGUAAAUGGCUAUUUGUACUGGGCCACAAUGUAUUCAGUGGAGAGCACAAGAUUGAAUGGAGAGGAGCAUCUGAUGUUACAAGAGCAGCUACAGUUUUCUGGUAAACAGGUGGUUGGUUUAACUUUGGAUCUCACCCAAGGGUUUCUUUACUGGCUUGUGCAAGAUAGUCUAUGUCUAAACCUAUACAGAGCUUCUCUCUGCAAAGAACAUUGUGGCAAUGGCAUCAUCAGAGAAUUUGCAGCAUGGAGUAGUUCAGAAAUAUCUCAAGGUGCACUGGAAUACUACAGUGGUCGUCUGUUCUGGAUUAAUAGGCUUCAGUUCAUUUCAACCCAGGAAGUAAAUCAGAGCCUUAGCAUUCCCUUCUCACAACCAGCAGAGUUUACAACCUUUACCCUUGUUCACGCAUCACUUAAACCUUUGCCAGGAAAUUUGUCUUUUACACCAAAAGUGAUUCCAGAUGCAGUGCCAGAGUCUUCCUUCAGGAUUAAAGGAAAUUCUUCAAGCUUUCACAUCACUUGGAGUCCCUCCACAAAGGUGGAAUGGGGAGAUGUCUUUUACUGCGUGGGAUCAAAAGCUCUACAAGUGAGGACUCUGAAGAGUGAAGGGUGCCUUCAUUCCCAUAACCUGACAGUGCCAUCCUACCAAGUAGAUUGGCUGGAACCAUUUGCACUCUUUGAUUUUACCGUCACUCCAUACACAUACUGGGGCAAGGCUCCGACGACAUCUGUAUCUCUUCGAGCCCCUGAAGGAGUUCCUUCAGCACCUACAAACCCUAGAAUAUACAUGUUACAACAUAACCUACAUAAAAGUGAUGAGAAAGUCCUUGUGGAGUUCAGGUGGGACAGACCUGAAAGGCACAAUGGAGUAUUAACGCAGUUCAGGAUUUACUAUCAAUUAUUGAAUCAGACUGGCACUGCUGACACUUCCACAGAGUGGAAUGUAAUCAAUGUUAAAACCAGCCUGAUGCAUUUUUCUCUCCAGGAUGUGCUUCCCAGCCUCACAGUAAGGUUUCAGGUGCAAGCCUUCACCUCUGUAGGCCCAGGACCUUUGUCUGAAGUGGUAGAGAGGAAUUCAGCAGAUCUUUUCCCUGUCCCAACUCUUAUAACUAUUACUGCCAACCACUUGUUUCUUACCGACAUAGACAGUAAUCAUACCAUGUGGGAACUUCCAGCAAAAACAAAUGUAAAGGACAUCUGUUAUACUGCCAAUGAUGACAAAGCAUACCAUAUCAUAGAAGAUUCUCUUUUUAUUCUGAAUAUGCAGAAUGCUUCAAAGUUUCAGUUUUUCAAAGAUGCAUAUCUUCACAAUGUCACAGCCAUAACAGUGGACUGGAUUGCAAGACAUCUCUUUCUUGCCUUGAAAACACCAUGGAAUGAAACUCAAAUAUUUGUUAUUUAUCUCGAGCUCCAAAAAAAAUCUCUAAAAGCCUUGGAUGUGCAGUUGGGCAAAAGUAAUUCAACUAUAUCAUCUCUGUUGUCAUAUCCUUUCUUAAGCCGCUUGUACUGGAUGGAAGAGCUCGAUUAUGGCAACCGCAUGUUUUAUUACGAUAUUCUGAAUAACACGGUGCACCACGUUUUGGGAUACAUAUCGGUAGAAGAACAGAUGAGGAACUACUGCACCUGUAACGUGGCAGAAGCAGAGCUAGGAAGACCUAUGAGUAUAGAUGUGUCUGACUCCAAGAAUCCCCAGCUUCUCUUUGUCAGAGGAAGAGAUGAAAUAUGGGCCUCAGAUGUGGACGGUUGCCACUGUUGGAGAGUUACCAAAAUACCAAGUUUUCAAGGUAAGAAAAUUGGCAGCUUGACUGCAGAUAAGAAAUUUAUAUACUGGAGUGCAGAAACAAAGGAAUACACUGAAAUUUGGCUACUAAAUAAAGAAAGCACAAGACACUUCCUUCACAAGAGACAAAAUCACAAGCUAAAAAUCUUAGCUUACAGCUCAGCGGCACAAUUGUAUCCAGAUAAAAGAUGCCUGAUCCUAUUGCCAGACACCGAGGAACCUACUAUCCUUGCUACGACCAACACCAGUUUUACAUUAAGGUUGCCAUCCGUCACACCACAGCAGCUGUGCCCUGGCAUAACGCAGCCUACACCAACAUACCUGGUAUUUUUCAGGCAAAUGACUGACACCUGCAGGAGCUCAAGAUACUGUUUGUCUGCUCUACAGCAGAAAACAUUGGAAUUUCAGGAUGCUAUCGCUGUCCUAGACAACCUACAGCCAUUUUCAAGUUAUGCCAUACAAAUAGCAGUGAAGAACUACUAUUCAGAGGAGGAAGUGAAGCCUAUGGGAAAACACACAGUUGGCACAACUCUGUGUGGAGUACCAGAGGCAGUUGAUACUAUUAAAAUAUUAGUUUUGUCUGACACCACCAUCAGUAUAUCUUGGAGUGACCCUCUGAAGCCAAAUGGACCUCUUGAAUCCAUCCGCUAUCAAAUCUCUGUCAAUUCAUUACCUCCUGUUCCAGCGAAACCCUUGCGAAAAAGUGAAUUUUCAAAUGGGAUGCUUGCCUGGUCUGUCAGUGGGCUCCAACCUGGAACAAAAAAUUCAUUCAAGGUUCUUGCUUUUCAUCCUGACGAGAACUGGUUUUCUGAAAGCGUCCCUGUCAUCGCAAAAACUUUUGAGACUCCACCUGCACCUAUCAACAUAGUUCCCAGAAACACCAGUUUCCAGCUAGAAUGGAGAGCUCCUCUGCACAUUAAAGAAUCCAGCUUCUGGUUUGAGCUGUGUAAGUGGCCAACAAAGAGUGACUGGUUUUCUCCUGUGAGCACUACAUGCACAGCAGAUCUUGUUUACACAUGCAACCUCACAGGAACUCUUCCUUCAACCAACUACUUUGUAAGAGUAACAGUAGCUUAUGUUACAGGAGUGAAAAGCACUUCCUCUUCAACAAGCUUUAAAACUAUGGCUGGUGUUCCCAGUAAGCCAGGAGUGCCAAAAAGAGCAGAAGACACUAAAAACUCCAUACAGUGGGAAAAGGCUGAUGACAAUGGAAGCAACCUGACCUACUACAUCUUAGAAAGCAGGAAGCAGUCUGGCAACAUCAGCAAAAUGAAGUCCUUGUGGGAGGUGGUUUACAAUGGCUCCUGUGGCAGUAUUUGCACAUGGAAGGCCAAGAACUUAGAAGGAACUUUCCAGUUCAGAGCAGCAGCUGCAAAUGCACUGGGAGUUGGAGAAUACAGUGACACAAGCAUGAAUAUAAUUCUUGGUAAAGAAGGCAUGGGCACCGUGGGCACCAUUGCUGUCAUUGCUUCUGUGACUGGAGUUCUUCUGAUUUCGGCUGUGGUCUUGCUAUUCGUUUUUGUAUGGCACCAAAGAUGGAAACCCACAAAACAGGCCUUGCCCAGACAGAUAGUGUUUAUCAAGGAAGAUAAAGAACUAGCUCAACUCAGAGGGAUGUCUGAGGCAGUGGGAAUAGCCAAUGCCUGUUAUGCUAUACGUACUCUUCCUUCUCAGGCAGAGGUUGAAUCAUUGCCAGCUUUCCCUCGGGACAAACUGAACUUGCACAAAUUGUUAGGAAGUGGAGCAUUUGGAGAAGUGUAUGAAGGGACAGCAGUAGAUAUCCUGGCAGAUGGAAGCGGGGAAUCCAAAGUAGCAGUCAAGACUUUGAAGAAGGGUGCGACAGACCAUGAGAAGAGCGAAUUCUUGAAGGAGGCAUACUUAAUGAGUAAAUUUGAUCAUCCCCACAUUCUGAAGUUACUUGGUGUGUGCCUGUUAAAUGAACCUCAGUAUCUUAUACUGGAGCUGAUGGAAGGAGGGGAUCUACUUAACUAUUUACGAGGAGCCAGAAAACAAAAGCUCCAGAACCCUUUACUGACAGUGACUGAUCUCUUGGAUAUAUGUUUGGACGUUUGCAAAGGCUGUGUCUAUUUAGAGAAAAUGCAUUUUAUACACAGGGACCUGGCUGCUCGCAACUGCCUUGUGUCAGAGAAGGAAUAUGAGAGCUCCUCCCGGAUAGUAAAGAUUGGUGAUUUUGGACUUGCCAGAGAUGUCUACAAAAAUGAUUAUUACAGGAAAAGAGGAGAAGGCCUGCUCCCUGUCAGAUGGAUGGCUCCUGAAAGCCUUAUUGAUGGUGUCUUUACAAAUCAUUCUGAUGUCUGGGCUUUUGGAAUACUAGUGUGGGAAACAUUAACUUUGGGUCAACAGCCAUAUCCAGGUUUGUCCAAUACAGAAGUUUUACACCAUGUACGAUCAGGAGGAAGGCUGGAAUCUCCAAACAAUUGUCCUGAUGACCUAUGUGAUCUAAUGACAAGAUGCUGGUCCCAAGAACCUCGCAACAGACCUACUUUCUCUUAUAUUCAUGACAAACUACAAGAGAUGAGAGACUCUCCACUGUCCUUCACCCAUUACCUUGAAGUCAAAGAGGCAUCAAAUGGAGUCAUCAACCAAGCUUUCGAAGAUAAUGAGAUUCCAUGUGCAGAUUCAGACGGUGUUCUUUCAGCCACAUUAAUGGAAACUAGGAAUCAAGAGGGCUUAAAUUAUUUGGUACUAGUCAAAGAAGGCAAACAGGACCAAGGAAGCAUCAGUUCUACUGAACUUACUUAAGCCUGGCUCUCCCAGAGAAAGAAGAGAAAAACUCUUCCAAAGAAGACAGAGGCAAAGGAAAAUAUUCUGCAGACUGUAAUUUUUACAGAGGUGGUUAAAAAAAACCCCAACGACUUUUUAAUAAAGCUACCAGAAAAUAUAAUAAGAUAGCAAAUGAUGUGUACCAGAAUAAGACAACAAUUGUGUAUCCUUUAAUUUUCUACAUGUUAUGGUGUUGGGUGCUUCAGAGGAGAUAGUUAAGGUAAUAACACAUGUAUCAGACAAUAAGUGAUUUUACUGUGGUAUUGAUUAAACUUAUGCAAUCAUAUAUGUCUCAGGUACAGACAGUCCUUCAAAAAAAGGGAGCAUUGGCAUGCUGUUUCAAAGAGCUGACCAGCUUGUUCAUGAAAAAAACCGAACAAUUCAAGUCUAGCUUCACUGUGCACAAACAAGAUUUUAAAAAUUGAAAAAACAACAUAAAUGCUGAGAUUCAAAUCAGAAAGCAAUCAAUGAAGGUUGUCCACUGCUGCAGAUGGCCUGGUUCACUAUUUAAUUUAAACAAGUGCUCACAAUCAUCUUGCGUAUUAAGUUGCACAACAAACAGUCCAUGAAUCUGGACAGUUCUGUUUUCUUACAUUUCUUUUACUUUUCCUUUUUAAUGUUCAUCAUCCUCACUUAUUUUUUAUGAGAAUGGGUGAAGGGAGAUACUUUUCCUUGGUGUGUUUGGAGAUCAACUCAAAGUACAUAAUAAAAUUAAGUCUAAAUCAUUACUGAAUAAAACCCAGGAAUAAGCUUUUUGGAACCUUUUGUUAUGAGCAGUAGUUUACAAAUUAUGUAGAGCUAUUUACUGACAUCUUUCAGGAAGCUAGAAACGUGUUAUUAUUUUAUGCAAAUAUUUGAUAACGUGGCACACUGGAGAGUAGUAAUGGCACUAUCUGAUGUCAGAAUGUAUACAUUUUCAAGAUGCAACUCCAAUGAAAUCAAGCUUCAAAAGUUUCUGAAGUGGAGAUUCAACACAGAUAAAAAAGAAAUUUGGACUUUGACUAUUUUA